AGAGAGAGAGAGAUGCUUUCUGUGUCUCACGUUCAGAUGUGCGCGUCUUCGUGAGUCUCCACAUCGUGCACAGAUUCACAUCAUUCCCACAUCAGACUCUGUACUGUGAGGAAAUCGAGCUGAAGUUUAUUGUAACUCCAGGACUCUUCGGGCUGGUUGAGGGUUCGAGUCUUCGGCAGUAUGAGCGCGGAUUGCGCGGGUUAUUAUAACGCGGAGAACGUGUUCGUCAGCGCCUUCACCUGCCCCAAACCCGAGAGCGACGCGCGCGCGAUCUUCUGCUGCGGGUUCAAUGACGUCAAAUACUGCUGCGACGAUCCCAACAGCUUCUUCCCGUAUGAAUAUGGAUACAUGUGGUGGCUCAGUCUGGGGGCUCUGGUUGGUUUGUCUAUCGCUGCUGUGGUCCUCUUAGCCUUCAUCAUUAUUCUUUGCGUGCUUUGCUACCUGUUCAUCGUUACUAAACCCAGAGGCCUCGACAAUGGACUGCCUCUGCGAGCUCCAGGCUCUGGUCCCAGUCCUCCGGAGGGUCCGUGUCAGUCCAGCGCACCACCAGGACCGCAGGGUUUCCGCAAACAUUUCAUGAGGGGAAAACUGGACUGUGACAACCAGCCACCUGACCCGGACCGCCUGUUUCAGCGAUGCUUCAUGGCUACGGUCACCACAAUAAAUGUAGAAGGACCUUCAUAAAGCACUUGAGCUGUCCAUAUAAAGAAGAUGUUUUAUAUAGAGAUCAAAAGACUGACACAAGCCUGUGGUUUGUCGAGUCCUGCUGCAAUUCUCUUACUUUCACUGGGGGAAAGUAAAUGAUAACAAUGAAUUUCUUCAGAAAAAGAGACAAAAAAGUUGCCUUUGAACUCAUUUUAAAUGAUCCUCGUGUUGAUGAUAGUUGCGUUUUCUAAGAAACAAACUUUACAACAAUCAAAACUUUUUUGAGAGUCAUUAAUUCAAAAGCUGAACAUAAGAAGUGAAACAUACAUUUGGAUGUGUCAGUGGAAAAUUCAGUUAUCCUUGACUCUGACACAUCUGAAGUGAUUUGUUUGGAUGUCUCGCCUGUGAAUCCAAAGACUAAAACUCUCGUGUAAGCUCUUUACAUGUUUCAGAUUCCUGCUGUUGCUGUAUCUCUGGUUUUAAAAGCUCAUUGCCCCGGCACAUCUUCUGUCGUCUGUUGUAAUGCUUUCAAUGGCUUUAAUUCAGUUUUGCAAAGUUGCAUCUUGUGCUACCUGAUCUCACAAAAUACGUGAAAUAGUCACGCAUUAUUUUGCUCAGUUUUGCGUGACAUUGUCACGUAUUUCCACCAUAUUACGUGCCCCUGACACGACUUUCUUUUCCGUGACAGUUUCACGUAUUGGUUACUCAACUGUUUUUCCUAUUUUUAAACAAUUGUCGCUUCGGUUUGGGGUUAGAUUUGCUGUUUGUGUUACAAUGUCACUUAAUGUAUUGGUUUAUAAAAAAAAUUCGUAUGCUUUUUAAACCAUCGUCGCCUGACGUUAGGGUUAGAGUUGGGUUUGGGUAAGGAUGUCAUUUUAUGUAACAGAAAGUUGUUCUAACCCCAAACCGAAGCGACAAUUGUAAGAAAAUAGGAAAAACAGUUGAGUAACCAAUACGUGAAACUGUCACGGAAAAGAAAG